GAAUAUCCUCAUUUUCAUCAACAUCAUCUACAUCAUCAACAAAUACAGUAAACAAUACAGAUAAUCACAUCGAAAUCAGAAUCAGAAUGAAGAUCGACGUCCACCACCACUUCUACCCCCCAGUCCUCCGGGAAGCCAUCGACGCUGCCGGUGGUGAUCCCUCCGGAUGGUACCUUCCCCCCUGGACCCUCGCUCUGGACCAGGAAAUCAACCGCAUCAUGAACGUGUCCACCACCAUCCUGUCCGUGACUGCUCCCGGUCCUGUCAUCGCCAAAGAGCCUUCUGCCGCCGCCCAACUCGCCCGGGAAUGCAACCUCUACGCAUCGCAGAUCCGCGACGCCAACCCCAAGCAGUACGGCUUCUUCGCCUCGCUGCCCUCCCUCUUCGACACCGACCUCGCUCUCGAAGAAAUCCGCUACGCCCUGGACAUCCUCAACGCAGACGGCGUCACCCUCUUCACCCGCUACGGCGAUGGCAACAACUAUCUCGGCCAUGACGCCUUCAUCCCCAUCUGGGCGGAACUCAGCCGUCGCAACGCCGUCGUCUUCAUCCACCCCACCCACCCCGUCGAUCUCAACCUUAUCAACCCCUCCAUGCCACAGCCCAUGUUCGACUAUCCGCAUGAAACCGGCCGUUCUGCAAUGGACCUCAUCACGUCUGGCCGUCUCCGCCAGAACCCCGGCUGCAAGGUGAUUCUCUCGCACGCAGGCGGGACUCUCCCCUACCUCAUCCACCGCUCCGCCACCAUGCUGCCCUGUAUGCCGGCCGACCGCAACAUCGGCAUCAGCAGGGAUGAGAUUCUGGAGACAGCGAGGGAAUUCUACUUUGACACGGCGAUCUCCGCAAACGAAGUCACGCUGCAGGCGUUGUUUGCGUUUGCCAAACCGGGCCAUGUCCUCUUUGGGAGUGACUUUCCCAAUGCGCCGAAAGAUGCGAUCGUCCGGUUUACGAGGUUUGUGGAGGAGGAAUUGCCGGAUGGAGUUACGGUGGAGGUGCAGAGGGAGAAUGCGCUGGAGUUGUUUCCGCGGUUGAGAGAGGAUGUUCAGGCGCAUCUGUGAUCUACAGUAUAAUGUAUCUCCUUGUGGAGAGUCUACCUUUAUAGUAAUGCAUUUAUUCUCCUUCGAG